ACUAGAACUUUUUUCUCCACAUUUCCUUUUCUUAUUUUCCCAUCAUGCGGGAUUUCUACGACGUCGCCGUUGCGUCGAUCGUCCUAUCGACGUUUACGUUGGUGGUUGCUGUUUUCUCAGUGCCAAUGCUCUUCCAUAAAUCGGAUAACGUACUCCUCGAGAUUUCUUCGUUUUCUGACGGAAUAAAGGCUAAAUCCGAUCUCGUUUGGAAUGAAUUGAUGGAGAUUAAACAGGGUGACGCAGUUCCGGGAAUUCAAUAUUUCUCGAGAAAAGCGAGAAGCAACUGGAUGGGUGGAGCAUUCUGUAAAGGAUGCUUUUUACUAUCAUGCCCACAAGGACCACCUGGACCACCAGGAGCACCAGGACCAGACGGUCAGCCAGGAGAUGCCGGAAGACAAGGACGUUCAGGAGAUGAUGGAUUUGACAUUCAGCCAGAAUCGGAGCCAGAACUUCCUUGCGUCAUUUGUCCGGCUGGACCACCGGGACCACGUGGUGCUCAAGGAGAACGUGGUAUGACUGGAAAUCCAGGAAUGGCUGGAAUGCAGGGAACUAUUGGAAUGGAAGGUGUUGAUGGAGGACCAGGCCUGCCCGGACCACCUGGACCAAAGGGAGAACGUGGACCACUUGGACCAUAUGGUCCACCAGGAGACACCGUUGUUGCUGGAGUCGGAAUUAAGGGUCCACUCGGACCACCAGGACCACAGGGAAUGAAAGGACCACCAGGGCCAUCAGGAAAAGGAUCAAAUCAACCAGGACAACCAGGUCAGCCAGGAGAUAUCGGAGGCAUUGGAAAGACAGGAAAGAUGGGUGGAUAUGGAAUGGAAGGUCCAGCAGGUCCACCAGGAGAUCCUGGAAUGCCAGCCUCAUACUGUCCAUCUGACUGCGGAGUUCAACCGAUUCUCACUGAAAUGUUCCCAACACCAUUCACCCCAACUGCCGGAUAUUCUAACAUGCAAAGACCAGCUGCUCCAUCUCGUCCACUUGCUCACCCAGAAUACGCUGACGGAUCUGCUCCAGCUCACCUUCCACAUUCUGGAGCUUCUGAUUCUGCCGCUGCUUCUGAGGUAGAUGCUCCAGCACCACAUCAACAUCGCAAAAGCCAUCGUCUUAGACCUUCCCAUCAGCAACAAUAUGGAGAUGAGCAAAAUAACGCUGUCGCCGACGCCGGCCGCUCAGUAAAUGCUCCAGAAUACGGAGACGGAUCUGCCCCAUCCCACAUGCCAAGUCACAGAGCACAUCAUCAUCCAAAUUCAGCUUCUCAAAACUAUGUUGACCCAGAAAGAGGAUCUGAUACUGCUGCCGCCGAUGCCUACGCUAACCGAAUGCAUGAUUUCCAAGAUUUCGAGAGGAAAUGGCGCAAGAAGUUGCUUCAAAGAAGACUCAGAAUGAUGAAGAGACAAUAGGUUGAUAAUUAGAUUUUAUAAAAUAAUGCAAAUUUUAUUAUGAAGUUGAACAUUUUCGUUCCAUUGUUGAAAAAAAAAAUUAUUGAAAAGUCACACAGUCCAAAAUAUCA